GCCUCUGAAGCCGGAGCUGAACCUGAAACCAUGCAUUCGACUUGUCACCGAGCUUCGUCAUAACUGAAACUAGGACAUCUCUUUUCCUUCGCAGAAACCUGUAGUCACUUGGCUUGCGAAGAGAGGUGCAGCUUUGUCACCGGUGUGCCUGCACGAUGAGGUUGAGUGCGGUGUUGCGCAUACAAAACGAGAUCUACUUCCGAAAGAGGCUAUGGAAGAACAGAAAAACCUUGCGCAAAGUGCACAAGUUUCCCACGCCGCAGCCACUCCUGGACAUGGGGGUCGAAAUUCACGACGCUCUCCAGGUCGCCGCAAACGAAUUCGUGCCGGAACCGUUUGACCUUCCCGAGCCCCAUGGCAUACCGAAUGAAAAGCGCCUGGAUAGCAGGAACCCUGACUGGCAUGACCAGGAGGCCUACAUUGUGCACAAAAAAUCUCGUCUCCUAGAAGGGGACAAGCAUAUGUGUCUGCUGACCAAGACGGUCCGGUAUGAUGGCCUCCCCACAGCACUUUUGGAGCAUGUCAGGUCGCACACCCUCGGAGCAGCUCAACAGGUGGCUGCCAAAGAGGCUCUUGCACAGGUGCACUUGUACGACUGCACCCAGGUGAAACUGCCCAGGAAGAUCGACCUGACCCAGCCCCACAUGAGGUUUCCACGAGAAUUUGGAGUACCCGUGUAUCGCAAGGUUUCUCACGUGCUUGCCAGCUAUCAUCAUUUGUGUGAGAAGUUGACCAGCCAAGUUCCAGAGGUUAUGGAUCGUACCCGUCUUUCUGAUGUAGUCAGCAAUGUCUGUUUCCAGAAGGCAGAUGGGAACACUGUGGUGUUUACAAGUGAGGUCGACACCCUGACCACGAGCAAGGUUCCACUGAGUGCCUUUAACACCCCCGAGGAUGUCAAGGCUACGGCGGACAUGGCGAUGCCGGACCUGUACCCUGCCAAGUACACACUUGACUUGGACAAGGGCCACAUUUAUCGUAUGGACGACAUUUACCCUGUUCCAAGAGUGGCACUCAACCAGCAUCCGCACACACUUCAUGUGACACACCCAUACCACUAUUUCUGGUUUCCCAAGGAAAAGAUGGCCCGUGCCAUUCUCGCAUGUUUCACAUUCGCAGCAGCCAGAGCCAGGCAACUGUAUGGGGCGGACACACUGACCUUACCAGAGCCUGUGGCUCUGCAGUGCACGUACAGUGAUGCCGAAACAUUUGGCUUUCUGGCGUACCAGCUGAAUACACUCGACCUCUCCACUGACGAAGGCAUCAAGAACCAGGUCUGGGUGGCAGGGGAGCCACACAAGCUUUUUGAAAGCUGCAAUCACAUUGAAGGCAUGAUGGGCCACAAUCCCGCUGUCUUCCAACAUUUUCUCGCAUUCUACACCAAUGGGUUCAGCCAGCUGCCAUCUCUCCAGAGUUAGUAAUAUAGAGUCAGCGACGAGAUAGACAGAAGCCAAUAAAAUGUAAUGCUGAGCAGUGUUUGCAUCUA